UUUACCAAUCAAGAUGGCAGCCUCCAUGCGUGCAAAUUAUUGUUUUCGUGUGAUAGGAAAUGCAGUUUUACGAAGAAACCAUGUAUGCAUUUCAAGAGUUAAUCCAAUUUUAUACAGAGCUGACAAAUUUAUACCGAAAAAUAUCAUAAGUAACAUUGGUCAGCAGUCAAUCUCAACUUCGGUUCUAAGAUGGGAUGAGAUAAUUGAAGGGACAGAAGCAACCAAACCACAGAUCAGGCAGGAGGAGCUAACUGAGGAUGAACUUCUUGAGGCCAUUGAGUACUUGAACAGUGAAGAGUACAUGGAGCGGUAUGGAGAUAAGCCAGUAUGGGCCAACUAUAAGAGAAACCAUAAAGGAAGGAUACCCCCAAUGAAAACAAGGAAGACAUGCAUUAGAGGUUAUGGAGAGAAGCAAAGAAUAAGUGGUAACCCGUGUCCAAUCUGCAGAGACUCUCGUCUAGUAUUACACUAUAAGAAUGUAAAGCUAUUGGAACAAUUCAUCUGUCCUCAUUCAUGGAAUAUCUACUCGACAUACAGGACAGGAUUAUGUCAGAAGCAACAUAAGAUACUUUGUGCAUCAAUUGAGAAAGCAAGAAGAUAUGGGGUGUUGCCUUAUUCCGUACCCAGCAUCGAGUACAAUUAUGAAGAUUACUACCAAGAUGAAACUGCACAAGUCGAAAAAAAGAGAUCUGUUGACAUUUGACCUUUGACCUCAAAGAACAUGAUAUGAGAUGCCAUUAAGUAGGAACUCCACCAAAGGGAAAAGUGGAGAUCAGUUGAAAUUUGACCUUUGACCUUGAACAACACAAUAUGAGAUUCUAUGAGCUAUGAACUCUACCAAAGGAAAAGGGGAGAUCAGUUGACAUUUUGACCUUUGGCAUCAUUAGGUGCUAUGAACCAUAAACUUUCUCUCUCUUGAAUUUGGCACCACUGCUUUUUGGGGAAUCAAGUUUCUAUCAGGGAGCCAUUUGCUGCACCCAGGUUUAGAGCCCCAGGGGUGGGGGGCAGUCAAAUGUAUUGCUGUACACAUGCGUGGCCAAAUUAUUUCCAAACACCCCCUAAACAAGUUUUCUCUGUGUGCAAAAUAACCCCCUAAACAAGUUUUUGCCGGCUUUAUUUAUACAUUCUGGCCCCUAAAGAAGUUGUCGCUAGAAUAUGACCCUGGGGAAAAAGCUUGGGAAAAGCAUACCCUAAACACGUUUGGCUAUUCUUUAAAAAAA